AUGGCCCUCAAAGAGCAGCACAUUGGCGUGCGUGUGCGGCGGGGGCUGGACAUGCCACCUCGCUGGAUCAACAUGCAGUUGGACCACGCCAGGAGGCCUGAUGAGCAGGUGCCAAAGAGCCCUGCCUCAGUUGGCAGUGAGGUCGAAGAAGAAGAGCCACUGUUGGACCACGAGGCCUGCGGUGUUGACAUCGUGUUGAACAUCUACGACGUUUCGAAUUUGGAGCCCGUGCGAUGGUUUAACACCUUGUUCGCCUACGAGCAUGCUCCUGUCAAGCUCGGUGGCUUCUUCCACGUAGGCGUGCAAGUUGGAGACGAAGAGUGCCUGAGCUGA